AUGACAUAUGUUGAGGGUUUCGGCUAUUUUAUAGAAAGCUUUGAAAAGCGUCUAAACCUAUAUCAUGGAGGAAAAAGGCGAUCAAUUUCUGGUGUCACCGAAUUCCUUACGUCCCGGCAAAAUGAAAUAAACUUACACACCCCUCCGAAAUAUGCUACUGAUUUGGAUAAAGAAGAUCUGGAACUUAUUCAUGAUUUUGGGAGCCUAUCAACUCAACAGCUAAUGGAUAAAAUUAAACAUUUACAGAAUUUAGCUUAUCAAGUUGGAUUGGAAGAAGCAAAAGAAAUGACCCGCGGGAAAUUUUUAAAUAUUCUUGGGAAACGCUAA